AUGACCAAAGUCGGCCGCAUUGUGCAGGCAGAUCGUGUAAUCGUCUCAACAAUGAGCUUCGUCGCUUACGAGGCUGAGCUGGCACAGUCGUGGUUCGUGCCUCAUGCUCGGGCCUUAAUUGGUGACGACAUUCCGGGUUCAGACACCAGUGUAGAUUGGGCUUCGCAAACGUUAUUUUCGUGUGCGCAUUGCUCGAUGGGCUGGCGCGGGAAAAAUGCCGCGCCGGAUUUGACCUGCCAACAGGAGAUGCAAUACCUGGUCGUGGCCAUCCAACUCAAAGUGCCGUACUACGCCUUCUGGAAGCUUGUCUCUCGCCAGCUCCUCCGGCCAAUCCGGCGUUCCGUGUGCCCGCAUGAGCGCCUCUACGGCUUCCUCGAACGCGUCGUGCGACAUCAGAAAAUCUGCAGUCUCCUUAGACCUGCCGAUCGCCACUACCUCUGGCAAAUGCCCUCGAUAGUUCUGCCCAAUGUGAUUCUCAACGGCUCAUGGGCUGAAGCCGGGCCGCUCUGA